AUGAGAGUUUCUUUUCUCCUUGCCGCUGUUCAACAAAAGAAGAGAAUGAAGAGGAGGUCGAGAACAAGAAACAAAACUACACAAAGAGCGAUGCAGGAUCUGCAGUUAACUUGGCUCGCACGGUACAUUCCUCUGGAUCUUCUGAUCGAGAUUCUCACGAGGUUACCUCCGACAUCAGUGAUGAGAUUCAAGUGUGUCUCAAAGUUUUGGUCAUCCCUCUUGUCCUCUAGAUAUUUUUGCAACCGCUUCCUCAUGGUCCCAUCUCAAUCUCAACCUCAACCUCGUCUUUACAUGUCUUUAGUGAAUCGCUACUACAACUCUAAGUCUGUGCUCUUAACAUCCGCUCCAAGCCCGUCUCCGAAUACUAUAGUAUUCGACCAAGAUCUGACCAGCCGUAUAGGAGGUUACUUUUUGCGCCUUCUCCGUGGCUUCAUCUGCUUCACAUGCUUCAGAGUUGGUUUUAAGGCGCAUAUCUAUAACCCCACAACCAGACAACUUGUCAUCUUACCUGCCGUGAAAGAAUCUGAUAUCAUACGCAUAGCUGAAGAUCGCUAUAACAUUAACUACUUUUUGUGCCAUGAUCAUGUUAAGGAUCAGUACAAAGUACUAUGUACAAUUGCUGUCACAUCGGACUAUACGCAAGAGGUAAAGUCAGAGCUUUGGGUCUUCCUACUAGAAGCUGGUGGUUCGUGGAAAAGGGUUGCAAAGGAUUUUCCUCAUCAUCUUUCUAAUGCACUAGAACUUACAAUGAACGGAGUUUUAUAUUAUGUGGCUUGGACUGGUUCUUAUACUUGUGUGCUUGUGAGUUUCAACUAUCAUGGAAAAGUAACUGUUUUUGAUUUCAGCACUCUUAAAGAGACAGGUACGAUAGACCUAUGGGUUGUGGAAGAUCAUAAGAAGAAGGAAUGGUCAAGGAAGACUUUGUCUUUGCAGCCUUCUCAGAUGCAUUUGAUCCUUGACAAUAACUUGAGACCAAAAGGUACAUCAUUAGAAGGCAAGGUUAUCUUGGUACCGCAAAGGUUGGUUAAUCCCUUUUACUUUCUAUGCUAUGAUCUGCAUAUCAAUGAUUUGAAAAAAGUUGAGAUAAAAGGGAUACCAGAUAAAUGGUAUAAUAAAACUGCCAAGACCAGAUAUUUUGACAUGGAGUUUAUGGAUAUGAGUGAGAGCAUUAUGUAUCUAGAAGUUUGA